ACUAUCCGGCGCUGCUUAAAACCGUCUCUCGCCGCCAAUCUGAUCUGUUAUCAUCUCUACUCGCCGGCGUCGUUGAAUUGAUAAUCAACUUCUCUACUUUCUGGAAGGAGCUUGGUCAACUGGGAACUCUCUGUAUAGAUGGGAGAAAUGAUUGUUUCGCUGGACCAAGAUAUCCGACUGGAUACAACACGAGCAAGAUUGUCAAAUCUUCUCAAGAGGCAUCGAGAAUUGUCAGACCGUCUUACUAGGGAUUCUGAUAAGACAAUAUUGGAUCGCUUAAACAAAGAGUUUGAAGCUGCACGGAGAUCCCAAAGUCAGGAAGUCUUCUUAGAUGGGGAAGAGUGGAAUGAUGGUUUGUUGGCCACGCUGAGGGAACGGGUGCAUAUGGAAGCUGACAGAAAGGCAGAUAACGGUAAUGCAGGUUUUGCACUAGUUUGUCAUCCUGAAGAACGAGUUACUUACAGAGUGGGAAAUAAGGUGAUAUGUUGCCUAGAUGGAUCGAGAAUUGGAAUACAGUAUGAAACAUCAACUGCAGGAGAAACUUACGAUGUUUACCACUGUGUGCUUGAGAGCAAGUCGUUUUUGGAGAAGAUGAUUGUACUUGAGCACACAAUUCCUUUCUUUUUGCCACUACGUGACUUGGAAAAUGAUCUUCUUUUUUCGAAUGCUAAGAAAUUCAUCGAUAGUGUUGGGGAUCUCCUGCAAGCAUAUGUGGACAGAAAGGAACAGGUCCGGGUUAUCAAAGAGCUCUAUGGAAAUCAGAUCAGUGAGAUUUAUCACAGUCUUCCUUACCACAUGAUUGAGUUUUCCAUGGAUGAUUGUGACUGCAAAUUCGUGGUGAGCCUUAGAUAUGGAGAUCUUCUGUGUGAACUUCCGACAAAAGUGAGGAUUCUAGUUUGGCCAAUGCAUCAUCAUCAGUCGAAGAAACAGUGUACAAGCCUUGGAAGUCAACCAAUCCCUGUGCGUUUAUCAUUUGCCGAGGAUGCUUUCCGGAUCCAAUCACUACCUGAAGCAUACGCAGAGAUUAUGCAGAACAUGCCGAAUGAAAUUCAGCAACUAUUUCAGAGAAGUCCAAGCUAAAAGCUGAAGCUGUGUGCAAACUUUCUAUUUCUCUGGGUGCUUCGUUGUAUGAUGUUUGAUAUUGAUCCUUGUUCCAAACUGUUAAAAAAAUAGUGCUAUGAAGAAGAGUUUUUUACAGAAUGCAGUUUGUUCUGCUAUUCUGCUCCUGUUAAAUUGUGCUGCUUCAUCGAUUAUUUGACUAUUACUAAUUGGAAAUGUUCAUGCUCGAAACAGAAACAAAUAUAUGAAGUUUUGUUCU